AUGGAGAACUACGUCGGCACACCACCGACGACAGACAACUUAAUUUUGUGUAUAAUGAAAAAGAAGGCAAUUGGACAAGUUAGAGGAGCGAAAACUGUCGAAGUGGGAUCUUGGAUGAAGUAUCUAGGUCUCAUCAUCGACAGCCAGUGGACACUCGGGCCGCACUUCGACUCCCUGGUCCUGAGGGUGUCGACGGCGACCAACGCCUUGUGCAGCCUGCUGCCGAACAUCGGCGGGACAGGAGUCGCGGUACGCCAACUAUACGAGGACGUCGUUCGGUCUCGAGUGAUGUACGAGGUCCCGGUAUGGGUGGACGAUCCGAUGGCGACUCGCCGCAGCAUCCUGCUCCUAAAGAGGCUACACAGGGUGACCGCCAUCAGAAUCGUCAGGGGAUAUCGAACUGUAUCCCGCGCGUCGGCGAUUCUGGCCGAGUCUCUGUGGAAGCUCCGGACGUUGGUACUCGAGCGAAAAUAUUCCCACAUGAGAGCGCUGAACCCGGUGGAGGACACGGCCGAACAGGCGGUCCUAGACGAUCUGGGAACCGCCGAGGAGGAUACAUGGGACCAGUGGAGGUUUCAGCUGAUCAACGAGGGAGCCGAACAUCCAGGCGUGGAGGCGGUCCUCCCAAGUUGGGAAGCAUGGAGGAGCCUCCGCGGUCUCCCGCUGACCUACAGGAUGACCCAGAUACUCACGGGACACGGCGUGUUCGGCAAGUUGAAGAUCCUGUUGAAGAUCGGACGAGAGAUGACAGAUAUCUGUUGCUACUGCGAGGAGGGCAGGGACACGACGUAG